AAACCGUGUUCCGAGCCAGUGACGGUUGGACGGCGGUGCGCGCCCACGUCUCGAACGCAGGUGGCGGUCUCGUUCGUUUGUUCUUUUUUUUAAAUUUUCCAGCUCGUUACUUUCUCGAUAAGUGACUCGUACUAAUCCUGGCGUAGGGGGUUUCGCGGAUAUAAACAACGUGCGAUGACACGCGUGCGCCGUUAAAAAAAAGGAAAACAUAUAGUUUUUAAAUUUUUUUCUUUCUCGGGCCCCCCGUGGAAGAGGACUGGCGGUAACCUGGAGUGCGUGUGCGCGUGUGUUGGUGUUAUGCGAGGCAUGCGUUUCUGCGGCGAGGCCGGCCGCGGCGCGACCCCCCAGUCGAACUCGGCGUCGGCGUCGAACCGCCGUUGUCGCGUCCUGGGCGGAGCCGGCGAGUCGCCCAGCUGGAGGCACAGCUGGCACUUCACGUCGUACCUCCUCGAGGGCGGCGUCGCGACGCCCCUCGGCUGGGAGGCGGCGUCGGCUUCGACCACGACGACGCCGCCGCUGAGACACGUCCGCUCCAAGUCCACCUCCAACGGUGUAUUUCCAUGGAGACGGCAAGGUGGCGGCGGCAGCCCGCGUCCCUCUGCUCCACCCAGUCCGGGACUACGCCCUGCGUCCCCAGAGGCUGCUCAUACAGCCCCCGCUACACCGGUAAAGGAGGUGCGGGACUCGGAGGCCGGCGGCCAGUACCGCCGCUCCCCAGGGCUGUCCAAGUCUGUCCGCCACAAGACCUCCAGCUGCACACCCCUGGACGAGCCAAUGACCAGCCGGUCCGACUGGGACAUCAGAAGGACAUGGUCCCAUGGACAUUCUGGCAAAGACCAGACGGCAGCUUCAACUUUCCUGUCUUCAGACGCUUCUUCGCCUCUCCUCUCUCACCCAAGACUUCACGAAGAUAAAGAGCUGUCGCAGUCCCAGCGCAGUAUCUCAGGCAACGUGUCCGAAAGCGUCCUGCAGAAGUUCCGCAAGAGCCUGGCCUUGAAGUUCCAGAAGCGAGGCAGCAGCCGCGAGGCGGUGGGGGACGACGCGAUGGAAGAUCCGUCGAGCGAGGAACACCCCCUCCCACCCGCCUUCGCCGAGACCCAGGGACUCAAGGACGAAGCUGCGGUCGACCCCAAGUUCAAAUUUGGUCCUCUGGUGUGGCGAUCGAGCAAGGAAAGGAAGAAAGGGAAGAAGGCUGCUCGCAAUGCAAAAUGCAACAGCGGAGACAGUGGAAUUCAGUUGGAGAUGGUGGCUGGCAGCCACACGGCGGGAGACAGCUCGGAGUCUCAUGACACGGACCAUCUCGGGGACGACGAGCCACUGGACGAGAUGGACAGCCCUCCAGCCGUGAGACGUCGAGUCAACAGCAAGUCUUCGGACAAGUCGUCACGUCCUCAGUCGGAGGUCAUCAACCAGAUUCUCAUAGAUAAAUUCAAGGCGGAUCUGCAGACCCGCGCCCACCCCAGGCACCAGAAUGUGAGGCGGGCCCACUCCGACCUCGGUGGCCAGCGCAUCUUCAACUGGGACGUGCGCAACAGCUACAGGCGCAUGUUCUCCACCCCCUCCCCCAUCAAGAUGAGGCCCCCGAGGACCAGCCCGCCCAGGCCUGCCAACACGGAGGCCGUCAACUUGCGCAGCUACUUGGUGCCCUGGGCGGUCGCCUGGUUCGCCUGUACGGACGCGCCGGCCCUGGCAGUAGAUGCCGUGUCGAACAGGGCGAGGGUCGCGGCUUCACGGGGGGGGAGCGGUGUUGCUUGCAGCUCGAAGCGGAGGGCGUCGCGGCCGCAGCUGCGGCGGUCCAUCAGCCAGCCCCUGGGCCUCAACGAGCUCUCCCCGCUCACGAGGAGGAAGCCUUGCGGCCCGCCCGCGACCCGGGCCCCAUCGGGCAGCGCCCUGAGCGAGGACGAGCACGAAUGCCACGGGGGGGCCGGCACUUCGGACGACGAGAUGAUGUCGGACUCCGAGUCCUCCGUCGCCUCGCUCACCGACAGGAAGAAGUCCUUCGAACAGUCGAUGGACGAGGAGCUGGCGAUACUGGCGGAGGCCGUGUGGGACCACGUGGCCAUGGAGCCGGAGGAGCUGGCCUUCCGGGCGGGGGACGUCGUCGAGGUGCUCGACACGCUCGACAAGGACUGGUGGUGGGGGGCGAGGGGCGACCACACCGGCUGGUUCCCCGCCGCCUUCGUCCGGCUGCGCGUGAGCCAGGAGGACACGGUGGAGGACUGCCUGGCCGCGAUGGCCGCCGGCGCGGCGUCCGUCUCCCAGCUGCGUCGCCGCACCAGCAUCUCGCUGCUGUCCAACGACCAGGUGCGCACCAGCGUGGUGCGCGAGCUCGUCAACACGGAGCGCGACUUCGUCAGGGUGCUGCGCGACGUCGCCGAGGGCUACCUGGCAGAGUGCAAACGCCGCUCCGACAUGUUUACGCCGGAACAGAUCUCGACGAUAUUCGGGAACCUGGAAGAGCUGCUGAGGUUCCAGUCUGUGUUCCUGGAAGACCUGGAGAGCCACAUAGACUGGGAGGCCCCGCACCGCAGUUGCGUCGGGGAGUGCUUCCUCAAUCACAGGGCCGGGUUCCGCAUCUACUCGGAGUACUGCAACAGCCACCCGCUGGCCACGGCCACCCUCCAGGAGCUGUACCAGCACAACAGCUACAGCAAGUUCUUCGAGGCGUGCCGGCUGAUGCGCGGCCUCAUCGAGAUCCCCCUCGACGGCUACCUGCUGACCCCCGUGCAGCGCAUCUGCAAGUACCCGCUGCAGCUGGCCGAGCUCUUCAAGUACACCAAGGCCGACCACCCGGACUUCGACAAGAUCCAGGAGGCCCUGGAGGCGAUGCGCGACGUGGCCGUGCUGAUAAACGAGCGCAAGAGGCGGAUGGAGAGCCUCGAGAAGCUGGCGGCGUGGCAGCAGAGGGUCGAGGGCUGGGAGGGCGAGGAUCUGAUCGAAGUUAGUUCGCAGCUGAUCCACCAGGGGGAGGUGGUGAGGGUCACGACCGGGAUGUGGACCAGCAACAUCACCUUGUUCCUGUUCGACCACCAGCUCGUGUACUGCAAGAAGGAUAUCCUGAAGAGGAAUACCUACGUCUACAAAGGCAGAAUAGAUCUGGACACGAGUGAAGUGGUUGACGUUCCUGAUGGAAAGGACUCGCAGCUGGGGACGUCGGCGCGGCACGGGCUGAAGGUGUACAGCCGGGCACGCGACAAGUGGCUGCUGCUGUGCUGCCGCUCGGCGGAGGAGAAGGCCCAGUGGCUGGGGGCGCUGCGUGAGGAGCGGGAGCUGGUGGCCCGCGACCUGCGCGAGGGGCUGGAGUUCCCGCUCGCCGCCCGCCAGCUGGCGCGGGCCGCCGCCAAGAGGCAGCGACGCCCUCCCUGCAAGCCCAGGGGUAAGAGCUACAAGCGUGAUCCGCUGAUCUACGGCGGGGGCCGCCUGAACCCCGGGGCCAGCCACCCGAGCCUGGCGGCCAGCGGCACGUCGCACUCCCUGGGGCGCAAGGUCGGGACGUGGUUCACCUUCGGCAGCAGCAAGAAGAGGCACAUGCUCAUGCGGUCGUCCCCCCACCACAACCCCUCGUGAAGGCUUCGGCGCGUCGUGACGAUCCGGCCGUCGCUGUGCUCGGGGCUCGGGAGAGGUCGGAGUAUCUGCAGUGAAUCGAGGCCCGCCCGUGAUGAGAGGGGCGGCUUUGUCCUUGCGAGACGUCCAGGGUGACGAGAGUUAGCAGCAGACAGACAGGUUGAAUGAAACACAAAAAAAAUUUUUUUUUGUACGAAUUUAGUCAUCUUCUGUGGAGGUCUGUGCAGCUAGGUGCGGCUCAGGCGCACUCACCGAUGUUCAUCAAGUGAUCCAGCCAGCUGUGUCUUAUCAACGAAGCGAGCAUAGCUUGCUUUGCAUUGCGGACGGUGUGUUUUCGAAACGUUUGUAAACAAUAUCCUUCUUAGCAUAUCAUUUCUUUACAGACUCGAGGAAAAAAAAAUACUUUGUAGUGGCAAUAAUUGAUUGAAGAUCGUUAAGUUUUUGUUUGGAGAAAUUGUAAAAGCAAAAAAUAAAGUUAUAUAUAUUACAAGACUGAAACACUAGCCUUCCUUCUGAAAAAUAAAAAAUAAAAAUAAUCAUACUUGUGAAGGAUGAUUUUGUAAACAUUACGAAAAGAUGUUCAUUGGAUGGUGAUGUUGGGGUGUUGUUACGGAAUUUAAGUUUAACUGCACUAUGCUGAAAUGUUAAUACAGUUGUGAUCAGUAUUUUCAUUAUAAAAUUGUUAACUGUUUGUAAAUGUUGUGACAUUUUAAGGGUUUUAAAGCAUGUAUCAUGUUAAAAGUUGUUUUCUUUUUACUUGUGUAAAUAUGACUUUUCUAACUGUUGUUACAUUGUAACAUUUUGUGACGUCACUUCAGGAUAAAAAUACUAUCUCAUCAUUGUAUAAUGCUUGAAAAAGAACUUACUAGAGGAAAAAAGAUUAUGCAGAUUAUUAUAUUAAAGAAAAGCAAAAAUAUAACAUGAUCUGUUUAAUAACAUAGUUAAGAAAAUUACAAACUAAAAUAGGGGGAUUUUACUUUUGUGCGAUAAAUUUAGUGUUGGGGUUUUACUUAUUUUAUGCAGUUUGAACUGUCAUAACUAAAACUUUUGAGUUAAUUUUUGUAAAAAUUUAUUCAUACCUAUUAAUCAAUAAUUAUAAUCUAAAUGUAUUAUCAGCAUUUUAAUGUUUUAAGGAUUCUUUAGCAUUAAACAAUUAUAAAUUAUUAUAAUAAUACAAUAAUGUGAUUCAGCAGUUUAAUUAACAUUCCAGUAUUUGUCUCUGGUAUUUCCUUUCUAUGCAUUUCCUUUCUUUGAAUUUAAAAAAAAAAAAAACAGACAUGUAAUUGAUUUUAUUCCCUAGACAUUUUAAAAGUGUUUGUGUGGCUUAAUUAUAUGUGAUUUUAUUGAAUUUAAAAAAAAACUAUUAUGGGGUUUAUAUGGUUGUGACUCUAAAUAUAAUCUCAGCAACAGCAGCAUUGAUAGGUGGAUAUCAUAUUUGUGAGUGAUAUGCAGGUUGGUUACUUACUCUUAACUAUUUAAGGAAUAACCAUGAGCAUGUUAACUCUUAUUUUGAGAAAUUGUUUUGGAAAAAUAAGUCAAAGCUACAUAGUGACAUUGAUAAUGAAUUCUGUAAUAAUCAUGACAUGAGUCUGUAAUGCAACUUUUCUGAUCAUGAAGACUUGUUUGAAAGCCAAAAUUACGUAAUACUUUUCCCCCCCUUCAGAUAAGUCUGAUUUUGUUAAUGUAAUUUGUGUUUGAAGAUUGUUUUAAUGCAUGGGAGUCACUGAUUUCAUUUACAGAACCAUCAAUCUGGGUCAUGUCAAACUGCAGUACAUACAUACUGCACGGAACAAACAUCUCGAUAACCACGCUCGCUUGCAACGCGGCAUGCUUGAACUACGGAGGGGGAAACAUUUUUAAGAUUAACUCUAUGUGAGUGCAUCUGUUUUCCCUAUUCUCGAUGUCGACUGCCGGAAAGAUGUCUGGACUCCACUUUUGGUAGUCGCCAAUUCCCCUUCACAUAAUUAGUUCUGAGAAAUUACUUCUUUUAAGGCAUUGUUAUUUUUAUUUUACUUAUAUGCACCGUACAGCAUGAUAUAUUAUGAAAGCCACUGGGAAAUUAUUGAAUGGCCACCAACAUGAGAUGUAUUGACAAUGUACUUCAAUUUUUUGUUUAACUGGCCGUUGACUUUAAGCAAAUUACAUGGAAGCAUGAAAAUGAUUUUUUAAUGGACCUUUGAAAAACUACUUACAUUUUUCAUACAUUAAAAAAAAAAAGUUCUAAUAUAAAAACAGCCGGUUGGUUUUUUUCUCCAAAAUAUAAAAUUUGUGUUUGCAUGGUUACAAGAUGGUUAGUAGAUUUGUAAAAAGUAUGGUCAAAUUUAAACUCAAACCACAUUAUUAUUUCUUUAUAUUACACAAACUUGAAAUUUUUUCCACUGCCAAGAAAAUGAAUGAAAAGAAGAAAUAUUUUUUAAAUAAUAAAAUUGAACACAAGCCGUUUUUAAAACUGUAUCAGGUUCAUGUUACGAUGAGUUGGAAACAAAAGUUUCUUGUGGUGUUCAGAAAUAUAAUAUUUUAUAUGUGAAAUGGUCUUAUGAAUUUGAUGCUAUUCAGACACCACAGCACAACUAUUUAAAACCAAAUUAACUAUAUUUUCUUAGUUGAUUUCUGCAUGCCAAUACCAAGACUGAACCUACCCGAGUGCUUAUUUUUAAAAAUAAUUUCUCUAUGUUUAAAUUCAUAAUGUGAAAAUAUCAUUAUUUAAACCUAAUAAGAAUAAACAAUUUUUUUCCUGUGCAUUUCACGCCAGAGACCAAGUGUCCUUGAGAAACUAAACUGCGUCAAAAUGAUUUCCAUGAUCCCAUCAAGUUUCAAAAGUUGUUAAAUGUUAAAGUUUAAGUAAUUUCUUUUUGCGAUUGGCUUCAUUGCUCAAAUAAUUUUCUUGUACCCACAAUUUUCAGAGUGGUUUAGGAGAUACUAGUUUAUUGCUCAUGCAACUUCUUGUGCUGAAAGAAUUCAAACCAUUUUAUAACUAUGCGUAACAUAAAGUGGCAUUAGUGAAUUUUAUUUUUUACUGAGGCAAACCAAAUUCAACUGUGCAAACAUUGACUAUAUAAACAUAAAGUAUGAGGUCUUUUCUAAUGUCAUCCAUUUCAAAAUUCAUUUUGUAUAGUAUUUAAUGUACAUGUACAUAAAUUUAUAAUUUAAAAAAAAAGUACAGUGUUUGAUAAAUCAAAGAAAAGCAAUUAUUGUGACUAUUCAAGUUUUUGAAAAGGUUACCAAAAACUUGAACUACCUACUUAAAUUCUACUCUUUGACAUCUGACAUACAAAUUUUCUUUGCGUGGCCUACGUAAGUUUGGAGUAGCGUCAAGAAAGAUAAUGAAAAAGACGAAUGUCGCUUCUGUAAUACAUUCUAAAACUGCUCAAUAAGUUCUAAUGUUAAAACAUGUGGCCUACUUAACUCCUCCUUCUCAUUGUGAAACGCACAAUAUCUAGCUUGCUUAGAGUGCAGUCUUGUGCACUCUCAACCCAUCUCCAGUGAUAUAUAAUGAAACGUUAACCGAAGUUGUGUAUUUUUACCUCAAACUGAAAUCGUAGUCAUAGAUAGGUGACGUAGCUUCACUGUAGAAAAAAAAAAAGGUGGCGAAUGAUCACAGUUGCAUUUAAUUUGAUGUUCUUCUUGAAGCUACAUUGUACAUAAAUAAACGUAAAAAAAAAUAAACCUGUGCUCCGUAUACAAAUUUUAAUAAUUGAAUUACUAUUUGCCACGUGUAUAUUUAUACAAAUAUUGUGUGUUUUUCAAACAGUGGUACUGACCACCUUACAUGUAAAACUUAUGGAAGAAAAAAUAUAUAUAUCCCAUAUUUUAAAACAUCUGCAAAAGUUUUUAUAACUUACAGUAUGGACACAGAUAAAUAUAAUAUGAUAAAUGUGGUAGUGAUGUUACAGAAUAGUUUUGUACCAAGAGUGUUCUUCCUCUGCUGGUAUAUAUCAAAUGCCUAGAAAAUAUCUCAUUGUGUAGUGGUGUAAUAAUUUGUUGUUAAACAAAUCUAUAUAAAAUGAUUUGGAUGCUAGAAAUGGUGCACAAUAAAUUUAAACUUAAUAAAACUG